AUGGGUUGUAUUGCAGAAGAACGUUUUGAUUAUGCAGUGUCUCUUCUUCAUGGCGAUGCUUACUAUUGGUGGGAGACUGUCCCACGAGCUAUGAUACAUCCUCCAGUACUCAGUUGGGAUGACUUCUUGAGAGAGUUCAGUGAUAAGUAUAUGCCACCAGUGUAUCGUGAUAAGAAGCAAAGAGAGUUUUUGUCCCUUAAACAAGGAUCUAUGUCAGUUGCAGAUUAUGAAGUAAAGUUUACUCAACUGUCUCGUUAUGCAUUGGCAUUGUUACCUACAGAGCAAGAUAAGUGCAGACGUUUUGAAGAAGGAUUGAUAUAUGAGAUAAGAAGCAAAAUCACACCUUCAGACCUUCGUACUUAUAAUGAUCUAUGUGCAGCGGCUAUACGAGCAGAGAGAUUAGUGAAAGAAAGACAUGUGUAUAUAUAA